UCCCACCAACGCAGAAGCAAGCUUCUUUUCUUAUAUAUAGAGUCUUCUCAAUAUAUAGUGGCCUAUGUAACUAGUGGAUUGUAGGUAAAGAAGAAGAAUAUGACUAAUAGCAAGAAAGUUUAUAUAUGGUUGUUGGUUUUGUUCAUGGCAAAUGGAUGGUGGUGCUGCUAUUGUUGUUGGAAUGAAGAAAGGACUGCUCUAUUGCAGCUCAAGGCAAACAUAAAAUACAGUACCGGCUACGACUAUUUGUCAUCGUGGGGGGCUAAUGAAACAGCGGAAUGUUGUCAAUGGGAAGGAAUUGUUUGCAGCAACAACACCAGAAGAGUCAUAGAGUUGUCUUUUGGUGUCAAGAACAUUAGUCAAGAAGAACAACUUAGUACUCUUAAUGGUACAUAUACUGAUGAUAUUUUGAGAAACUGGCUUUUUAAUGCAUCUUUGUUUGUUCCCUUCAAAAAUCUCAAGGCUUUGCUCCUCCCCGGACAUUCAUUGGCUGGUUGGGUGAAGAAUGAAGGUUUUGAGAAACUGAGACGACUGAGAAAACUGGAAGUACUUGAUUUGUCAGGGAACAAUUUUAAUUGCAGCAUCCUUGAGUCUAUUAGUGGACUUUCAUCUCUCAAGUCAUUGAACCUCUCGCACAACCAAAUUAGAUCAGGUUCCGACAUACGGUUCACAUACAACAAAACUGGAUCAGCUGGUUCUGAGAGAUUGUCCGGGUUAGACAAGCUCGAAAUACUAGAUUUGAGCUAUAACAAUCUAGAGGGUGAAAAUGUUCUCUCUGCUCUAGUGCUAAAUACUUCUAGGACGGCAUUGAAGAAGCUCGAUCUAAGGUACAACAGAUUCCAGAGUUUUAUACCAAAUGAAGGUACAUGUAAUUCUGGAAGAUUCUUCUUUCAGUUGAUUUUAUGGUUCGGGGUCCUUGCUUGCUGCACAAAGUGGCUCUGAUACCAUUUGUAACGGCCAAACCCACUGUUGACAUUGUCCGCUCUGGGCCCAGACCCACCUCCCUAGAGUGAGGUGGGCCUGUUUACUUAUAUACCAAUAUCCCUCCUGUGUUUUGCCGAUGUGGGACUCCUUAUACUAAGAUUGGGUGUUACACCAAAUGAACUACAUUC